AAUGCAUUGAGAUUGAGACCGAGACUAAACUAUAAUUGCCGCACAUUUGGCAAACGUUUACCGCUCGUUUCUUACAAUUUUUCCCGCUUCCCCGAAAAACGGGGAGGAAUCGUCAUAAAUCUUUGGAAUCCAAGGUUUGAAGAUGAAGCUCGUUAAAUUUCUUAUGAAACUCAGUCAUGAGACUGUGACAGUUGAACUGAAAAAUGGAACAGUGGUUCAUGGAACAAUUACUGGUAUAGAUAUGAGUAUGAACACACAUUUAAAAGCAGUGAAGAUGACAUUGAAAGGAAAGGAUCCUGUGCAGCUGGAAACAUUGAGUAUUAGAGGAAACAAUAUUCGCUAUUUCAUUCUUCCUGAAAGUCUGCCAUUGGAUACACUGCUAGUAGAAGAUCCAGCAAAGGAGAGAAGGCCUGGAAAGCCUGGAGGAAUGGCUGCAUUUGGACAAAGUGGAGGAAGGGGACGAGGACGUGGCAGAGGGAGAGGCAGAGGGCGUGGAAGAGGACGAGGGGGCCCACCUAGAAGAUAAAGGCUUAAACUGCCUAGCAGAGUUAUUUCAAGGAACUUGUAAUAUCUUUGCAAUACAUGAAGGAUCUUUGGAUCAUCUAAGCUGCUCUUGCAUUUUAAGGACAUUACAUGAUUGCAGAUUAAAUAUUCUAGCUAUAUUGAAAUUGUUAUCUUUGUGAAACCACAACUAUCCAAUGCUCAAGAUUAGGUAGCAAUUUUAUGAAAUAUAUCUCCCUUUAUUUGCAAGAGUCAUCCCCUGCUGAUUCAUGUAUUUUUCCAAACACAAGAGCAGCUUGUCAAAGGAAACAUGUACUAUAGAAAACUUUGGUUGUAUGUAAAACAACUCUGUUAUUAUUUGUCAUUAUUUGCGUUUUUA